AUGUCCUCAAAUAUUCAAUUUCAAGAAAAUAUUGAAAAAGAUACUUCAUUUGAUUAUCCAUCACCAAACUCACCAUCAGUUCCAAAAACCCAAUCAAAAGAUUCAUCAACUGAAGUUAAAGCUCCUAAACAACACAAUUUUACAAGAGUUGGAAUUUUCACUCCUAAAAAGUUUAGUAAAGAUAUCUUCAAACAAUUAGAAAAUUUACAAAUUUCUAAAACUCAAUUUUUUAAAGAUUUAAAAAAACAUUCAGAAUUAGAAAACCAAACUGAAUUAGAAGAUCAAUGUAAAGAUAAUAUUGACUUAUCAUAUGAUUUACAAUUUAAAUAUUUUACAGAUUUUAUACAAGUUUUUAAUCCAAUCACUACUUCAAGUACCUCCGAUACCAAAAAAGAUUUAUAUUAUCAAUAUUUUACAGAUUUUAUUCACGUAUUUAAUCCAAUCACUACUUCAAGUACCUCCAAUACCAAAAAAGAUUUACAACUUCAAUACUUUAAUGAUUUUAAUCAUGUUUUUGAUGUAAUUAGUGAUUCAACUAUUGCAAAUACUGAAAAAGAUUUACAACUUCAAUACUUUACUGAUUUUAAUCAUGUUUUUGACGUAAUUAGUGAUUCAACUAUUGCAAAUACUGAAAAAGAUUUACAACUUCAAUACUUUACUGAUUUUAAUCAUGUUUUUGAUGUAAUUAGUGAUUCUACUAUUGCAAAUACUGAAAAAGAUUUACAACUUCAAUACUUUACUGAUUUUAAUCAUGUUUUUGAUGUAAUUAGUGAUUCUACUAUUGCAAAUACUGAAAAAGAUUUACAACUUCAAUACUUUACUGAUUUUAAUCAUGUUUUUGAUGUAAUUAGUGAUUCUACUAUUGCAAAUACUGAAAAAGAUUUACAACUUCAAUACUUUACUGAUUUUAAUCAUGUUUUUGAUGUAAUUAGUGAUUCUACUAUUGCAAAUACUGAAAAAGAUUUACAACUUCAAUACUUUACUGAUUUUAAUCAUGUUUUUGAUGUAAUUAGUGAUUCUACUAUUGCAAAUACUGAAAAAGAUUUACAACUUCAAUACUUUACUGAUUUUAAUCAUGUUUUUGAUGUAAUUAGUGAUUCUACUAUUGCAAAUACUGAAAAAGAUUUACAACUUCAAUACUUUACUGAUUUUAAUCAUGUUUUUGAUGUAAUUAGUGAUUCUACUAUUGCAAAUACUGAAAAAGAUUUACAACUUCAAUACUUUACUGAUUUUAAUCAUGUUUUUGAUGUAAUUAGUGAUUCUACUAUUGCAAAUACUGAAAAAGAUUUACAACUUCAAUACUUUACUGAUUUUAAUCAUGUUUUUGAUGUAAUUAGUGAUUCUACUAUUGCAAAUACUGAAAAAGAUUUACAACUUCAAUACUUUACUGAUUUUAAUCAUGUUUUUGAUGUAAUUAGUGAUUCUACUAUUGCAAAUACUGAAAAAGAUUUACAACUUCAAUACUUUACUGAUUUUAAUCAUGUUUUUGAUGUAAUUAGUGAUUCUACUAUUGCAAAUACUGAAAAAGAUUUACAACUUCAAUACUUUACUGAUUUUAAUCAUGUUUUUGAUGUAAUUAAUAAAGUUAUUCAAUUCAUUCAUAAUCCAAAAAAACCUGAUCAAAAGAAAUUAGGUAAAUCAGAAAAAUUUAAAAACUUCAUUAUAUAUGGUACAGCAAAGGGUAAAGAAACAGAAAAUAUCCCAAAACAUGUUGAAAAAUACGUUUUAAAUAAAUUAAAAAUUGCAAAAACCACCAAUAAUAAUAUUGAUAUUUCAUCAAUUGCAGAAACACUAAAACAAGAGCAAUUAACUCAAGAAGAGUUAGAUUACUGCUUAUACAAAAUAUAUUCAAGUAGUUGUAAAAAAUCAAUACAAUCAAAUUUUAAAAAAUUAUUUAAAAGAAAUAAAAAGAAAAAGGAACCUCCAAUUAAAGGAUGUUUAAAAAAGUCAAAUAAUCAAAAUUUCAGUUUAGAAAAGAAAGCUUCUGAAGAAGCAGAUUCACAAACAAUAGAAAAGUUUAUGUCAGAAUUAAUUUAUCGUGAAAAUAGAGGAUUAGAUCCAAUUUACAAAAGAAAUAUUAAAAAUACUCAAUUACAACAAGUUCAAAAUUAUUAUGGUGACAAUGUUGAAGUAUAUUCAGAACAAUAA